UUGCUUUCAACCUCAAAAGCUAGGAGGAAAGGGCUCUGAAAUUUGCUCAGUAUUCCCAAUUCACCAUUAGCCUGUUUCUUCCUUUAGCCUCAAGGCAUUCUCCGCUUUUUGAAAAGAUGUUAAGAAAUUCAGUCACAAUAGAGAGCCUAGUUUUGAACAUGUUUCACUCGGUCCAUUGAGGUCUGGUCUUCAGCCUUUGUGUGGGGUGAAUUGAGCUGAGCAGCUAGCUGGUUGGGGAGAGGUGAAUGAGCAGUCUCUACGCAAGUCACCAAUUCUGGCAAAAGAAAAGAUUACCCUUUGCUUAAAAAGAAGAAGAAGAAGGAGAAAUUUACAAUAUGCAUUCCUGUACAAGUCUGCCAGUGGCAAUCUGUGGAGCAGAGCUUGCGCUUAAGUCAAUAUGGAGCACUUUGGUUUAUAGUAACUCUUGUUAAGUUUGCCUUGUAAUUGAAGAUGCUGUUGACCUUGCUCGAAGACCAUUUGUAAAACCGUUUAUUUAGCAUAAACUGAAAUAAUAAACCCUCCUUCUCUUAGGGCCGAUUGUGAUAGGGUGACAUUAGUUUGAUUUAAUGAUUAGCCGCCUGACCCCUCAGCUUGAGAGAGCGGCUUGAAUAGGGAGAGUUCACUACCAAGCGCACAGGAAGAAUACUAAUGAGCUUGUUAAAUUUAGCAUGGCACCAACCAAUUUUAAUUCCUCUAAUGGGAGAAGCGCUGCCUGAGAGAGAGGGAGGGAUUCAGUGUGUGUGUAUGAGAGAGAGAGAGAGAGAGAGAGAGACUGAGGCAAGGAGGGAGAAAAAGAGGGAGAAAGUGAGAGACAGUAAGAGAGGAUUGCCCCCACAUCAGUAGCUAGAGAAUUUCACUCAAGACGAGAGCUUCCAGAGACAAGCCAAGAUCCUUCCGAUUGAGUUAGGAUGAAAGUCCUGGACAGACCUAUCACAGAGAGAGAAGAAACGCAAUCACAAUGCAGCCACAGGGUGGGCAAGGCCUCGGUAAAAUCAGUGAAGAGCCUUCGACAUCUAGCGAGGAAAGGGCCUCAUUAAUCAAGAAGGAGAUCCAUGGAUCUAUAUCUCAUCUUCCUGAGCCUUCAUUACCUUAUCGUGGGACAGUCUUUGCCAUGGAUCCCAGGAAUGGUUAUAUGGAUCCUCCUUACCAUUCAGCCUCUGCUUUGAAUUCUAUAAAGUACUAUCCACCUCACCUUUUCCCUGCAUUCCACCCUCCUGUACCAAUUGAUGCAAGACAUCACGAGGGACGUUAUCAUUAUGAACCAUCCCCCAUUCCUCCGUUACAUGUGCCUUCUGCUCUAUCAAGUAGUCCAACAUAUUCAGACUUGCCAUUCAUCAGAAUAUCCCCACACAGGAAUCCUGUUGCAGCAUCAGAGUCUCCUUUUAGCCCACCUCAUCCAUAUAUUAACCCUUACAUGGACUAUAUCCGAUCUUUGCACAGCAGCCCUUCUCUGUCUAUGAUUUCAGCAGCCCGAGGACUGAGCCCUACGGAUGUACCACAUGCUGGAGUUAGUCCAGCUGAAUAUUAUCAUCAGAUGGCUCUGUUGGCGGGUCAGCGCAGCCCAUAUGCAGACAUCAUUCCUUCAGCAGCCACAGCAGGAGCUGGUGCCCUUCAUAUGGAGUAUCUCCAUGCUAUGGACAGCACCAGGUUUCCGAGUCCCAGGCUGCCAACGAGACCAAGCCGAAAGAGAACACUGUCCCUAUCGCCUCUGUCUGAUCACAGCUUUGACCUUCAGACCAUGAUCCGGACAUCUCCAAAUUCCUUAGUCACAAUUCUUAACAAUUCCCGUAGCAGUUCUUCAGCAAGUGGCUCCUAUGGCCAUUUAUCUGCAAGUGCAAUAAGCCCAGCUCUGAGUUUCACAUAUCCUCCCACGCCAGUAUCCCUCCAGCAGAUGCACCAACAAAUCAUCAGUCGCCAGCAAAGCUUGGGCUCAGCYUUUGGACACAGUCCUCCACUCAUUCACCCUGCUCCAACCUUUCCUACCCAGAGGCCUAUCCCUGGCAUUCCUAGCAUCUUGAAUCCUGUCCAAGUGAGUUCAGGUCCAUCGGAGUCUACACAGCAGAAUAAACCCACAAGUGAAUCUGCAGUGAGCAGCACAGGAGACCCGAUGCAUAACAAACGUUCCAAGAUAAAACCUGAUGACGACCUCCCCAGCCCAGGUGUAGGAAGCGUUCAGGAACCACCAGAAGGAAUGACCUUAGUAAAAGAGGAAGGGGACAAAGAUGAAAGCAAGCAAGAGCCUGAAGUGGUCUAUGAGACAAACUGCCAUUGGGAAGGCUGUUCACGGGAGUUCGACACGCAGGAACAGCUAGUGCAUCAUAUAAACAAUGAUCACAUACACGGGGAGAAAAAAGAGUUUGUAUGUCGAUGGCUGGAUUGUUCCCGAGAGCAGAAGCCAUUCAAAGCCCAAUACAUGCUGGUUGUACACAUGAGGAGGCACACAGGAGAAAAGCCACACAAAUGCACUUUUGAAGGUUGUACAAAAGCCUACUCCAGGCUGGAAAACUUGAAAACCCACUUGAGAUCUCACACUGGAGAGAAACCAUAUGUCUGCGAACAUGAGGGCUGCAACAAAGCAUUUUCCAAUGCAUCUGAUCGUGCCAAGCACCAAAACAGAACUCAUUCCAAUGAGAAACCCUAUGUCUGCAAAAUACCCGGGUGCACAAAGCGCUACACAGAUCCUAGUUCUCUCCGAAAACAUGUAAAGACUGUGCACGGCCCUGAGGCCCACGUCACCAAGAAGCAGCGUGGAGAUAUCCACCCACGUCAUCCCCCACCUCGAGACCAAGGCAGCCAUUCUCAAAGCAGAUCCCCCGGCCAUCAGACUCAGGGUGCAAUUGGGGAGCAAAAAGACCUCAGCAACACUACCUCAAAGCGUGAAGAAUGCCUCCAGGUCAAAGCUGUCAAGUCAGAGAAGCCAAUGGCAUCUCAGCCAAGCCCUGGUGGUCAGUCUACAUGCAGCAGCGAACAGUCCCCCAUCAGCAACUAUUCCAACCAUGGGAUCGAGCUUAAUCUGACCAGUAGAGGUAGUGUAGGAGACCUCAGUGUCAUAGAUGAAACCCCUAUCAUGGACUCUACCAUUUCAACAGCAACCACAGCACUUGGCUUACAGGCCAGGAGGAAUAUGACAGAGACCAAAUGGAUGGAGCAAGUCAAGCUAGAAAGGCUGAAACAAAUCAAUGGUGCGCUUCCAAGACUGAACCUCAUGCCACCUUCCAAAGGCCCAACCUUGCCACCUCUCAUCGGAAAUGGUACUCAGUCAAACGGCAGCUGUAGCCUAGGAGGAAACAUGGCUAUUCUAACCCACAAAAACGAACUCACAAACACUGAUAUCACUGUGUUAAACAUGCUGAACAGGAGGGACAGCAAUACCAGCACAAUCAGCUCAGCCUACAUGAGCAGCCGUAGGUCCUCUGGAAUUUCACCUUGCUUCUCUAGUCGGAGAUCCAGCAAUGCUUCCCAGGGCGAGGGAAGGCUCCAUAAUAUCAGCGUGACUGAUUCGUAUGACCCCAUUUCAACCGAUGCCUCAAGGCGAUCUAGCGAAGUCAGCCAGUGUGAUGGCUUACCAGGUCUUCUCAGCCUUACUCCUGCCCAACAGUACAGGCUGAAAGCAAAAUAUGCAGCAGCUACUGGUGGACCUCCACCAACACCACUACCUAAUAUGGAGAGGAUGAGCUUGAAAACGAGAAUGGCACUGUUGGGUGACUGCCGCGAAUCUGGAAUGUCACCACUGCCCCCUGCUAAUUCUCCUCGAAGAUGUAGUGAUGGUGGGACCAAUGGUUACAGCAGGAGACACUUACUGCCUCAUGAUGUGUUGGGGAAUGGUACAAGGAGAGCCAGUGAUCCUGUGAGACUCGUCUCUGAGAAUCUUUCUUUCCCCAGAGUGCAGCGUUUCAACAGCCUCAAUAGCUUUAACCCUCCUGCUUUGGCUCCCUCUGUGGAAAAACGCAACUUCGUCCUUCAAAACUACACCCGCUCUGAUGGUGGCUUGUUUCGCAACUUCUGUUCACCUUGUCCUCCAAGCAUCUCUGAAAAUGUGGCUAUGGAGGCCGCUAUCAUGGAGGCAGAUGGCAAUUUGAAUGAUGAAGAUCUUCUGCCAGAUGAUGUGGUCCAAUAUCUGAAUUCUCAGAAUCAAAUGUACAACCAACUGCCAAAUGGUGGAUUAGAUAACAACAAAGGACAUCACGGUUCAGUAAUAGGGAACAACAACAACUUUGGGCAAGCCCCUCCAGAAACCAGUAAAAAUGAUCUGCCAAUUCAAUGGAAUGAAGUAAGCUCAGGAAGUUCUGAAUUGUCUCCAUCAAGAGUAAAAUGUGGGCAGCGAUCUCUGAUCCAGCAAAAUCAAACCCCUGGUUUCUAUAAUAACGUAGUUGUCCAGUCGCAGAAUAAUGGGCUGGAAACAAAUACUGUGACCCAACAAAAUGGCUACCAGCAUCUUCUAGACAACAAUGGCUCUUGUAGUUUACAACAUAACAUGGUCAUGAAUAAUGGUGACACCAGUCAUUCUUACCACUUUCAGUCUAGUAAGGUACAGCUAUAUAGUGAAAGUACUGGCAGACAACCAAUGGACCAUACGUCUGAAAUGGUGGUUCAAGGGCAAAAGGUGAGAAACAAUUUUAUGUUAGCUAAUGGGAACCAGCACAAUUUUGGCUGCCCUGUGGUCUCAGAUGAAUCCUCUGCCAAUGUGAUGAAUAAGAUGCAGAGAAGAAACAUGGCCCUCCAGGAGUACUUUCCACAUCAAUCAGCAGAUGAUGUCAGUCACUACCAUGAAGUAGACCAUUCCAGUAAAGCAAUGCUAGAGCAGAUCACUGCUCCCUCACAACGCAACCUUCAUCACGGGUCACAGAAUUAUAUGCCACUGUCUGAAAAUGUUGGGAUCCAACCUUCAGGUUUGAUGAUGGGCAGAGGUUACCAGCCCUGUGCUGCGAGCUAUUGUGGCAGAUUGCAAAACACAAUGAGGAAUAAUCCAGUGCAACAGGGACAUUGUAGGGAUGCCAGCCAGCCACACAAGGUCAAUGGCAUCAAAGUAGAGUCCCAAAGUCAGUCGCAACAAUUCUGUUCUAAUAUACAGAAUUACUCCGGUCAGUUGUAUGACCAAACCACAGGGUUUAUCCAGCAAGCUUUGAAAACAGGGGCUUUCCCCCUUUCAGAAGCCAACUGCUUGCUGCAGGGGACUAGUGAUGCAAAUUCAUCGGAGCUUCUCUCUCCAGGGGCCAACCAAGUGACAAGCACUGUUGACAGCAUUGAUACCAACAGCCUUGAAGGCGUGCAGAUCGAUUUCGAUGCUAUCAUAGAUGAUGGUGAUCAUGCCAGCUUAAUUUCAGGAGCCCUAAGUCCCAGCAUCACCCAGAAUUUCUCCCACAAUUCCUCCCGUCUCACCACUCCCCGAGCGUCUCUUACAUUUCCAGCAAUGCCCAUAAGCACAACCAACAUGGCUAUUGGGGACAUGAAUUCUUUGUUAACCUCACUUGCUGAAGAAAGCAAGUUUCUUGCUGUUAUGCAAUAGCUAUGAACAACUUAAAAGGUGAAAGAUUUUUUAAAGUCAUUUUUUAGUUGUUUUAAGUACUUUAGCAGUCUCAUCUCACUUAAAUGGGAUGUGUUUCAAGUAUAUUCCUUUUAUGGAAUAAGGACUAAAAAAAACCCUAAAGUGUUCUAGGGAGAAACUGUCUUCCAUUUCAGUUUUGAAUCAGUAUUGUUACACCCGCAAUUCCCUUCUUUAUUUUUUAAUGUUUGUACAACUCCUCUAUGUGUUUAUUUUUUAAUUGUAAACCAAUGUAAAAUUGUGAUGUGCAUGUGGGUUUAUUUUUGAAGAAAUUCUGAUGAAAUGUUACAACUUCCUGUUACUCAAAAGGAAAUGGAAAUUAUGUUGUCAGAGCUCUUACACAUUCAGUUUCUAACAUGUAUACACAGCAUUACUAGAUACCAAGCUGAUAUUUGGGGUUCCUUCCACUUAGCAAAUCUCCUAUGCAAAUCCAUCGGAAAGAUUAAUUUAGUUUGAAACAAAGUGAACAAUUGAUGUUAAAAGGGGUGGGGAAGGUACGAAUGCCUUGAGAUAUCAUUUCUUUUGCUCUCUACCAUUUAAUUUCAUAUUGUUUCAUACCUUUAAAGAGUUCUUCCCACAUUGUCUUUCUACUGCAAAGGUUCAAAUACUUGUUCAAGGGCACACAGUUGAUGGAGAGUAUUGUCCUGACUGGUUGGUUUUUUCAUUCUCCUAUAUCAGUAGUACAAAAGUUGUGUCACCUCAAGCCUUAUGUGCAACUCUUCAUGGGUCCCAUACCUCCCUCUGUGUAAGUUACCACAGGUUGGAAAUAUUUUUGCAGUAAGUUAAUGUAAGUUUUUUUUUUUAAAAAAAAGGAAUGAUCUGUUAUUCAUGAUUUGCAAGUAUGAGAUUACCCAUUAGUAUCUUGUUCUAAUGCAGCAAUUUCAAAGAUUUGCAUACCUUCAAUAUUCAAAAAUGGUCCCAAAUAUCCCAAUAUAUUACUUAUUUUACCAACAUUCUAACAACAUACAAUUCUUAAAUAAUUUUUAAUGUAAAUUAUUGCUUCCCUGUAGCCCACUAUCUAUUCUACAUCAUGACCUAUUUUCCACCUCUAGCAGCAUGGUGAAAACAGGUUGUAUCAGAAUCCUCAAAGGAGAAGGACUCCUCAAUGAAAAAAGCUCAAUGAUUUGUGUGAAUACUCACACACCACUUUGUGCACAUCUGUGUGCAAACAUGUUCACGGAUAGCCCCACAGCCAGCACAUACAUCCCCCCGGCGCUGACAAGGAUGUGUAUCCCUUCCCUGUAUGAACUGAGAGUGUACCUGAAACCACAUUGGGUUCAUAUUAUAGGGGAGGGUCAGGGAUAAUGUAUAACCUCCUGUUAAGAAAUCCUAUUUUCCAUUAUGGUGUGCUCAAUGUGGAACCAGAAAAACAACUAUAUUCCUCUGAAAUACAGGUUGGAAACCACUAUUCUAGAUUGAAAAAAUAGACUACAUUUCAUAAAGAGCUAAAUCUUAAAAUUUCCUUGAUGUCAUUCUGUAUGUCCAGCUAGAUUUUAUUUUCCAAAGUAUCAUUAUAAUAAUACAUUCCACAGUUCUUGAUUGUAAAUGGGAGAGCACUUCAAACAUUCUGUCAAUAUAAAGACACAACUCAGUUUUUUUAAAAGCAUCCUAGUCGCAGACUUGUUCAGAUUAUUGUGUUUGACACAUAGAUUUAAAGAGGCCAUUCUAAUCUUCAUCUAAUGGCAAGCACAGAUCCCAUAGGGUCCAAUAAACAUAGCUUUGAGCCAUAAUCUUAUAGUCUUAUGAAACAAUCUCAGUGUGGUGAGAACACAGUUGAACAUUCAUUUUUGUGGAAAUAAAAAGAGGCAAACUGAGAUAUUUCCCAUCUCUGCUCUAUAGCCUGAAUCAGGCCUCUUCCUUCCUCAGCCAAACAGCAGCAUUCUUCAAACAUAAGAGCACAAAGGAAUCGCUCCUAGGAGUUUUCAAAACAAGGCAACAAAAUGCACAACACAAUGAUAUAAAACCCACCAUUUUGAUGUUGGGGGCCUGAACUAUUCACUAUGAGAAGCACAUAUGAGAAGCACAUAUAAAUGAGGCAUGAGUGAAAUAACCACCUCUUGCAUUUUAAUAGGGAAGUCAAUAGCAAUGCAGGCUAUCAAAACAACACAUGCAAAGGCACUAUAAGAAUUCCCAUCCGACAAACAAAGCAUGCAGAAUAUCAGAGAUACACAGCACAAAGGUGAGCUGUAGAAAUGUAUCUUGUACUGAAUGCUGUGAUUUCUCUUUUUAAAGUGGCAUUUCCUUGUAAAUGGAGCAUUUGAUGCAACAUUUGGUAGACCAGAACCAGUUCCAACCCCAAGAUAGUGUUUCUGUUGUUCUACAUUAGUAGAAUUUGCCUAAAUAUCACUGUUGCUCACACUUAAGAGACUUCAUGUAAGGUUUACGAUGUCUUUAUGACAAACCUGUUUCCAUUUUGGAGAUCCAGUAUGCUCAGUUGGUUUGACAUCUGGGGUCCAGUUUGUUUCUUUUCACAUUCUAUUUUUUUCCACUACUGUUUACAUUCCUUUUCCAGUUCUAUUGCACACCACAACAAAAAACUUAACUACAAUUGUUGCGCUUCAGUGUUUGUGUUUGAUUAUGGUUCUCUGCUUCUUAUCUUAAUGGCAACCACAUGCUUCUUACAGAUCUAUGGUACAGAUAAAUUAUAAAUUCAUGGGAGAAACAAAAAAUUUUUUCCAGAGAUUCCUUUGCAACUCAGAUUUUUAUAACAUGGACUUUAUUCCCCCAUUGGCCCCAUCUCCAUACCUUCUUGUGCUGGUGGACUUUAUAAGAAUUGGCUAUAACUAAACAGUUUCAGUAAUAUUACAACCAUUGGCCACAUUUCAGAAGAUGUUCCUCAAUUAUAUUUAAGCCCAUCUGAUAGUUUUCCUUUUCAGAUGAGAUACCUGAAAUGAUAUUUUCAUUUUUUUCCAAAGGUCUCACAAAUAUAUUGUUGAAGGCUUUCGUGGCUGGAAUCACUGGGUUAUUGUAGGUUUUUUGGGCUAUAUGGCCAUGUUCUAGAAGCAUUCUAGAAUAUGGCCAUAUAGCCCCGAAAAACAUACAACAGGCUAUAUGGCCAUGUUCUAGAAGCAUUCUAGAGAGUUUGAGUAGACAAUGCUGCAAUUUGAGUAGACAAUGCUGUAAUUUAAAUGCAACGUUUGUGAGCCCUAGGUGGUUGUAGGUUUUUCAGGCUAGAGAGAAUGCUUCUAGAACAUGGCCACAUAGCCUAAAAAACCUAAAACAACCUAGGGCUCACAAACGUUGCAUUUAAAUUGCAGCAUUGUCUACUCAAACUGAGGACAUUGAAAAUAUAUUUAUAUAGUGAUCCUCCAUACGUGAUCUGUGGUGUCUGAAAAUAACCCACCAAGUGAAUAUUCCUGAUAAUUCAGAUAAUAUUGUUGGCAAUCAUUGACAUAAAGAUUAUCCAUGGAAAGGCAGGUCCCUCUUUGGCAUGUUUUUUUUAAAAUGGGGAUAAGGCUGUUUACAUUAAUAAACAGUAUGUGUUACUCUUUUAUAUACUUGUGUUAAUUGCUACUUCAAAUUGAAUAUUAUGUUUCACUCUUAGGUUCAAUAGGUUGGAUCCAGAUUUAAUCAUACUUUGAGUACACUUACUGAGUACUUAAAGUUAUUCUUGACAAACAAGAUUUAUUUCUGUGAAUCUACUCUCAGAUAUGCCUAAGUUUGAAUUCAGUCUAGAAUGAUUAAUACUGUAUUUCAUUCUGAGUCAAAAGUAGUAGCUGACUCCAGUAUAUAAAACGUAACAUUCUUUUCUAAUUCUUACAGCCUCUACACCUCUAGAAUCAUGUCUUUUGUGUAUAUGUGUUUUAACUGAAGGUACUUAGAUAAAUGUAUUGAGCUGCAAAAGCUGAUACUUGACAAAAUUGAUCUCCACCCUGUCCCCAUUAUUCCACUGUAGCCUUCAGAACAAAGUGAGUCCCGCAAUGUGUGUGAACUCAUAGACAGCUAUUAGUGAAACUGACAUGAGAAUACAUCAGUAGAGGAAUGUAGCCUUAUGUCUAAAUCCAAUUAAAUAUUGCGUAGGAAAACCCCUCAUUAGUACAAUUGUGCUGGAUUACACCAUUGUGAAAGAUAUUAUGAACUGUUUGUACUUUCCAGAACCUCUUAGACUGCUGCUUUCAUGACCAAGCGUGUAUUAGAUACCACUCUUGCACUAACACUGAUCAUGCAUAAUAAUUAUGUAUAAUAAUUUAGCAACAUCAUUGGAUGCAGGUCUUCAGUUCAAAGGUUUUUUGUCCAUAGUGGAGAUGUCCCACUAAAUUUGUGCACAUACUAUCAGCACAUGCUAGUGAAGGUCAGUUAUAUUUAGUUUAUGAACCUCUACUGUGGAGGAAAGAUUCAUUAUGGUACUUUAAAGAUGUAAGCAUCAAGGGGGUGACUUUCUAAAUUGUUAGAAGUCCAACUAUACAGUUGCCACAUUGUGGGCCCUCAUGCCUCAAGAUCUGGAGUAAAUGAAAUUGCAAGAAGCCUCCUUGCAUACUUGACCUUGCACAUUUAAUUGCUAGUUUAACUGAAUUUCCCCAGGGUUCAUUUGGGAAGUGCUGUAGAGAGGUAGGUAUGAAUGCACCUGGAGUGCUGUUAACCCUCGAUUCACUUCCCACCUAAUCAGUCCAAGAGAAGAUGUUGACUCCUCUUGGAAACUUGUUGGACACUAAAUCUGAGAAUCUUCCAGAUACUCACUCCAUGAGGGCCUACCACUGAGGGUAACUUCUUUCUCAGACUAACCCUGUCCAGGAACUUUUUGAAGCACAUGAUCUAGUUAAGCUGUCCAAGGUAUUCAUUUCCAUUUACAACCCUUUCUUUUUGUUUUAUAUGCAAUUUUACCUACCCUAAGAAUUUCAGCUACAAAAAAUACAUUUGAUUGCAUUUUUCAUGUAUUGCACCACUCCAGGGCUGAGAUGGACAUGAUAUACCAAAACAAUAAUUGGAACAUGCCAUGUAGUUAUUUGUGUCAAUGUAUGCAUUGAAGCAGUGGGCUAUCUCACCUAUGUGACUUUGUUUUGGAUUGUAGCAAAAGGGAACAAAGCUAUAAAUUAGCCUCUUCCAAUCUGGUGCCUUCCAGCUGGGUUGGACUAUAGUACCAUCAAUCCCCAGCCAUCACAGAAAUGAUGGUAGCUAUAGCCCAGCACAUGUAGGCAAAAAGCUCCGAGAAAGGCUACUGUAAAUCUAUGGUUUCUCUACCACUGUCACCCAAUAGUUAACAGCUGCACAACAGAACAAUUAGGGGGUGUCAUCCUAUUGAUUUUUAACAAAGACUGUUCCUAGGUGCAUCCGUGAAAUAUUUCCUCUCCAUUUUCCAGCAGUGUUACUCUGUGUUUUCAGUUGCCUACAAAAGGUACAAUUGAAUGUAGAAAAGGAAAGCCAUUGUUUGCAAUUUUACGCAUACUUGCUAGGACAACCAUUUCAGUAAACAUGGCUAGAUUUGGGAAGUUAGAAGCAUCCCAGAAAGAAAUGGAAUCCAGUACAAUGGGUUUUUGACCAUCAGUACUGCUGUUUGGAUUGCUAUUCUUGCUAAGGGUUGUCUUCAUAAUGGUACUAGGUAUUAAAGGGUUACUUUCUGAUCUUUAGGUGUAUAGAAUUUUUCAUUCUUUCUCAGUAAGUUAAAGAGACUAUUGGAUGAGUCACAGUCCUACCAUCUGUUUACUUUGACUUGUCAAAUGAAAAACAAAACAAAAAAACAGUGUUUAUUCCUGCAAUGGAUGUGCCUUAUUUUGAAAUGAUCUGGUUAAAAGAGGGAGGAAACAUGAAGAAACAGUGCCAAACUUUAUAAGGCUAUGCUUAUAUAAUAGCACAUACCACUGUUAAUAAGAUGGUCUGAAUAUUGUCUAGUGUAUAUUGGACAUUUACAUGUCAUUGUACAUGUAGGAACUGAAUGUCCUCUUUGGGAAAGUUCACUGUUGUCAAGUUUGCAGACAUGUAAGAUAAAAACACAUGUUCAUUUUUUUCACCUCAGCUUUUUUUUAACUUUUAUAAAAAGUGUAAUCUCUUUUUUUAAAAAAAAUGUGUAAAUACAUUUACAUUCAGUAGAACUAGUGUUCAGAUGUAAGAGACCAUUGUGGUCUUCAUUUGAUCAACCUGCAUUUAUGAUCUGAUGUUCUUUGAGCCUUAGAUCACCCUUAAGGGUCUGUAGCACUGUGUACAUAUCAACUGUACUUAGGCUUUCAGAACCACUUUUGUAAUGAGAAAAUGUUUCUUACAAUGUCAAUAAAAACAUCAUUUGUA